GUGAAAUCGAUCGAUCGAAUAAAAUUCACUGAUGGUGGUUGUUGGUUGUGGUUGUUGUUGUGACAAGUGUGAGUUUGUGACGUGACGUGACGUGUGUGACAACGAAACUGAACGAAACGAACGAGUGUGGAAAGCCCACAACGUCAAAAGUUUAUUGAAAUAAUUUGUAAAUCUUUAACAUAACCAUGGAUCCAGAAGUAUUAAAAGAGAGGAUGCAUACUGCCGAUGUAAUGAAAAAUAUAGACUUCUUAACCUUUGUUGGUUUAUUCCUUGUUGCUUUAACCGCGUUUUGCUGGUGGCUCUAUAAUAAACGAUAUCCUCGAAGAUGCAUUCUACUGACGGGUCUCUCAGAUUCCGGGAAAACAUUGAUUUAUGUUAGACUUGCUUAUACACAGUAUAGGCAAACAUUCACAUCAAUGUGCGAAAACACAGAAGAGUAUUUGACACCGGCCCUCCCUCAUUCAAUGCUUCUUGUGGACUUGCCUGGACAAGAGAGGCUGAGGAAUAAAUUCUUCGAUCAAUACAAAAACAAAGCAAAGGGCAUCGUCUUCGUAGUUGACUCGGUUACUAUACAGAAAGAAAUUAGGGAUGCUGCUGAGUAUUUGUACACAAUCCUUGCUGACCCAAUCGUGCAACUUUACAAUCCGCCGCUAUUGAUCCUCUGCAACAAACAGGACCAGCCUCUUGCUAAAGGCAGCCAGGUCAUCAAGGGCUUAUUGGAAAAGGAAAUAAACCUGGUGCGUGUAACCAAGUCAAACCAACUGAAAUCAGUAGACCCAGCAGAGACGAACACCGCUGUAUUUUUGGGCAAACAAGGCAAAGAUUUUCAGUUCUCUCAUCUGAACUGCAAGGUUGAUGUAGCUGAAUGUUCGGCGAACACUGGUAAUGAACGCGACUAUGCUGACUUAAAAAUGCUGAAAGAAUGGAUCGACUGUCUCUAAAUGCAAUGCAUUUUCGUAACCAAGCCAUGUUAUUGAAAUUAUAACCAACUUAUUUAGAUGAUCUCAAACAUCGUAAUAAAACUAACAUGGCCUAGUCGAGUGUUAUUGGCGAUACCUUAUUGACUAUU